AUAUCCAAACACGUCACUUCCGACUUCCUGCGCCACUACUUCCUGCAUGUGCCAACAAUAUGGCAGCGCCUAUAGCGAUUCACCUGGAGUUCGGAGGAGGAGCAGAGCUGCUUUUUAAUGGUGUGAAGGAACAUCAUGUGACUCUUCCAAGCCAACCAGAACCUUGGGACAUGAAGCAGCUGCUGGUCUGGAUCCAACGGAACCUGCUGAAGGAACGGCCUGAACUCUUUGUCCAAGGAGACUCUGUGAGACCUGGGAUUCUGGUGCUUAUCAAUGAUGCAGACUGGGAGCUAAUGGGGGAGCUGGAUUACCAACUACAAGACCAAGACAACGUUGUGUUUAUUUCUACUCUUCAUGGAGGAUAGAACAUGAGUUAGGAAUGCAAACACAUCCUAGACAUCUCUGGAACAGCUUUUCCUCCACAUCCUCUGCGCUGUUCAGUCUUUCCCCCACAUCCCAACAACAUGUCACCCCAUUGGACGCUGUGGAUGUGUCAACCCACUGAGGUGAUUUAUGUUAGUCCGCAAGAAUGUGGAUAUUCAAAGAUGGUUACUGAGAAAGAUGUGGAAGCCGGGAGACAGGAAUUCUGUGGACGUUUUUGUAAAUACCAACAUUUAAAAAAAAAAAAAAAAAAUCAAACUGGACAGGCUCAAGGGGCAGUCAUAUGACGCUCUGGUUGUACUGGCCAGCUCACAUGUGCAAGUGUAAAGGCUAGUGUGUGAGUGUGUAUACCUUCAUCUCCCUGCAAUGUCUCUUCCAGCAUGACUGUCAAAGACAAAAUGACUUUAUCUAACCUAACUCUCUGGUCAAGAGAGUAUUAAUGACAAGGUAACAAUUCAACCCCCACUAAUUAGCAUUUAUAAACUGCAUAUAGACAUUGUUUCAUACCAGACUAUAAUGUGGUUGUAUGCAGAUAUGACAUUUUAAGUUUUUAUUAAUGUAUUUGUCAACAAUUAUAACUUCUCCUAUAUCAUAUUUUAUAUGAUUACAACUGUACUACAUUAGUCAUUCAUUAUCUAUUUAUACAACAGCAACCACUUUUGGACGCUUAAUAGUUGUUGACAAAUACAUUGAUAAACACCUACAAAUGUACCUCCAGCUACUUACACCUACAUAAUAGUGUAUUACAAAGUAUUAAAGAUUUAUAUGGUGCUUAUAGAUGCUAAUAUUAAAAUAAAGUGUUACCAGAAAGAAAAGUUUUUCUUUAUUAAUUUCUUUCUUUU